UCUCUUUUCAUUUUUUUCCUCUUUAAAAACACAUUUCAUCUGUAGGCACAGUUCAUCACAAAAAAAUAAUGGCAAUUGGUUCUCCCAUUCACUUCACAAUAAUACUAUUUUCUCUAUUUUCGGUGCCUGCAUUGGGCUAUACUUUUGCCCCCACCAUACCCAGAUUUCCUUCUUCAGCAAUUCGAGCAGACCUAAAACAACGUUCAGGUUCAACCCAAAAUGGGCUUUACAGAACAAAAUUCUUCACCCAAACACUCGAUCACUUCAGUUUUAAUCCCCAGAGCUACCAAACUUUUCAACAAAGAUAUCUCAUCAAUGAUACUUAUUGGGGUGGUGCCAAGAAGAAUGCUCCAAUCUUUGUCUACACAGGAAAUGAAGGCAACAUAGAAUGGUUCACACAGAACACAGGCUUUAUGUUCGAUAAUGCUCCUUCUUUUCAAGCCCUUUUGGUUUUUAUUGAGCAUAGAUUUUAUGGAAAAUCAAUACCAUUUGGGGGAAACAAGACGGUUGCAUAUGCAAAUUCAAGCACACUUGGGUAUCUGAGCUCCACGCAGGCAUUAGCUGAUUAUGCCACUCUCAUCAUUGAUCUGAAGAAGAAUUUGUCAGCAACUGAUUCCCCCGUUGUAGUGUUUGGAGGAUCCUAUGGAGGAAUGUUGGCGGCGUGGUUCAGGCUGAAGUAUCCACACGUUGCAAUUGGAGCUCUAGCAUCCUCUGCUCCAAUUCUCCAUUUCAUGAAUUUGGUUUCGCCAGAUAUCUUCUUAACCAUCGUCACACAAGACUUCCGGAAGGAGAGUGAGAAUUGUUACAAAGUGUUAAAGGGGUCUUGGAAGUUAAUAGGCGACACGGCUAUGAAACCCGGAGGACUGAAACUGCUACGGAAAGCAUUCAGAGUAUGCAAGAAUGACGAUUUUGGGGAAGGUUCUUUGAUAGGUUGGCUUCGGACGGCGUGGAUUUAUGCAGCAAUGACAGAUUAUCCCACGCCAUCCAAUUUCCUCAGUCCCCUACCGGCAUAUCCCGUAAAAAAGAUAUGCGAGGCCAUUGACAGCUCAGUGAGGAAAAAUAAUACAUUAGACAAGUUGUAUGCUGCAGCGAAUGUGUACUACAACUAUAGUGGCACUGCUUCGUGUUUCAAUUUGGACGACGAUUCAGAUCCUCACGAUCUUGGAGGAUGGCAAUGGCAGGCGUGUACGGAGAUGAUAAUGCCCGUAGGUGGAAGCAAUAAGGAGAGCAUAUUCCCAGAAUAUGAUUGGUCAUACCAAGACAGAGUCGAUGCCUGUUCCUUUUUCUACAACGUUACGCCAAGACCACAUUGGAUUACAACUGAGUUUGGUGGCCAUGCUAUUGAAAGAGUUCUCAAAAGGUCUGCCAGCAACAUUAUAUUCUUUAAUGGAUUAAAGGAUCCUUGGAGUGGCGGAGGGGUGUUAAAGAGUAUAUCAAAAACAUUAGUUGCUAUCGUUGCAAAAGAAGGAGCUCAUCAUGUAGACCUAAGGUACUCGAGUAAGGAAGAUCCGAAGUGGCUUAAAGAUGUUAGGAAACAGGAGUUAAAUAUCAUAACAAGUUGGAUCUCACAAUACUAUCGAGACCUAAAUUCCAAUUACUAAGGGGUUACAUUCUUCUCAUUCUUCUGGCAUUUGCAAUUGUUGUCAAAUGAAACAAAUAUAUAUAUUGGUUACAGAGAAUAAGAAGAAUAUAUAUAAGUACUAGUUAGUCAUAACAAUCUUGUUCUGUAAGCACUAGUUAGUAAUAACAAUCUUCUUCAUUUUCACUUUA